ACUGACCUCCAGCCAGCCGGUCAUGUCUGCCACCAGCAGUAUGAGUAAGGAGCGAGGGUACAAACACACUUGGAAAAUCAGUCUAGAUACCACAUACAGCAAAGCCAGAGGCACCAGGUGAAGCAGUACCUGACCCUCGAUACCAAGCUGUCCAGCCAGACGCUCUCCCUGUCCCACUCCCACGCAAUCCAGCCUGUGGGAGUGACCUCUAUCUUAAGAAACGGACACAUGCCUCCCAUCAGUGACAUUGGCACACCAGAAAGCCCCGCUACCAAGCUGCUGGCCCUUGGAGGAGAACAUGAAAAUGCGAUGGAAGAGGUGAUUGAAGACAUAAUCAAUAUGGAAUCAAGUUUUAAUGAUGAAGGGAUAGGUUGUUCUGAAACUCCUCUACUAAUGCAAAGAACUCUAUCUAGCAGCAUUUUGGAUAUAUAUAACAGUGACCAGGGAAUGGCACCAGCUAAUAUGGGUCUCACGAAUGCUUCUUGCCCAGCUACUCUACCUGUGAAAAGGGAACUCACAGAAGCAGAUACACGAGCAAUGGCAAAGGAGAGACAAAAAAAGGAUAACCAUAAUCUCAUAGAGAGAAGAAGGAGGUAUAAUAUUAAUUACCGAAUCAAGGAGCUUGGCACACUUAUCCCCAAGUCUAAUGAUCCUGAUAUGCGCUGGAACAAAGGAACUAUUUUAAAAGCAUCAGUGGAGUACAUCAAGUGGCUACAAAAAGAACAACAGAGAGCCAGAGAAUUAGAACACAGGCAAAAGAAAUUAGAGCAUGCUAACAGAAGACUUCUACUCCGAAUUCAGGAACUAGAGAUCCAGGCACGAGCACAUGGCCUUCCAGUCAUGUCUUCCCUCAGUGCUGUUGAUUUAGCUGCACAGGUCAUCAAGCAACAGUCUUAUCCAGAGGAGAACUCUGUAGACUACUCUCAACAAAUGCCUCUAGCACAUGGGCAAAACUCUGAUGUUUGUGAUGGAUCUACAGCCUUUUCUGAUCCGCUUUCACACUUCACAGAUUUGUCCUUCAGUGCAGCUUUAAAAGAAGAGCAACGGCUAGAGGAAAUUUUACUGGAUGAUACGGUGUCGCCAUUUGGAACAGAUCCACUCUUGUCCUCCGCAUCCCCAGCUGCAUCAAAAGAGAGCAGCAGGAGAAGCAGCUUUAGCACAGACGAUGGAGAUGAUUUAUAAAAGCAGAAAGGGCCUCAUACUUCUCUAAAAGACCAAGUUGUACUUAACCAUGGUGUUUGUGCUUAUUUUAAAUACUAAUAAGGAGAGCCACUGUGAAGAUAAGUUACUACAUGACAAGGGUUUAAAUCAGCCCUUACUUCACAGGAAAAUGAGAUGGACAUGAACUCAUAUCACUUUGCUCCAAAUUUACACCCUCUGUUCACAGAUGACAUUUGCACAAAUCUUUCUUCACUGGGAACGUUUUUACUGUCAUUCCAUGACUUUUUAUAGCACUAUGAAAAUGGUUACCACAGAAGGAAUAUGUAUGUUACAAAAGUGUAUUCAAACUCUCUCUUCAAUCUGUUUUCACUUUUCUCUGCUAUAAACAUGAGUUUUAGUAAUUUGCUUAUUUCUUUUUUCUAUAUAACUAAAAAUUCUACAAAACAUGAAGCAACAGGGAACUAUUUAAAGUGGGAACUGUAGAGAUUUUACAGGUUUUAAAAUCUGAAAAAAACAGAUGGUAAUGCUUUCACACAAGUGAAGUGAGCAUAAAAUUUAAACUGUGUAGGCUUCUCUUUAAAAGCAGAAAAUCUAUUAAACUUUCCAUGGAAUUCUAUUUUUUAAAAAUUUCAUUUGUAGGAAAAAACUCAGACUUGUAAUAUAUAUUUGAAUAAUACAGAAGAAAAAUGGAAACUAACAUAAUGACAGAGACUCAAAUGAACUAAGACAUCAAUAGAAAUUACAUUUCAGCAGAAUGACUGCAUGGAUGUACAAGACUCCAAAAAGAUACUCCAGGUUACGAUUAGCACAAUUUAAAACAAGCAGUACUGGUCACAGUGCUAUGUCAGCUGCUUAUUCCAAGAAUAUUCAAACUGCGUCCCUUUUUGUGUGGAAGAGAUCAGAAUUCAGAGGAACAGCUGUGUGCUUCUAGACAAUGCUUUCAGUGUCCUUUGGCAGCAAUGUUUUUCCAAAGAGACUCUACUUUAUCCAUACAUAUGCCUUUUAUCCAUUUGAAAAUGGGGGGAAAUUAUAAGAUUCCCAUUUCAUACACUUGAAACAAAAAGAAUUUAAUUUCAGAUUUGACUUUGCAUUCACUACAGAAAAGCUGAAAAGGAAGACUUUUCAAACUGAAGGAGAUAUUCAGAAGUGUUGAUGCGAUGCACUGCUUCUCAUAACUAGCUUGCUGGGAGUGGGCGUUCAGAAAACGUGUUUUGAUGACUCAGUAAAGGCUUGGUAGUUAGAAGGCAGAUAGAAGGCAUAUCAUUUCUAUGCAUAGUGAAAUUCUGGAGAGUGAUGUAUGUUCCUGGAGGACAUUAAGUCCAUUCAUUCUAAUUGUAAUAUUAAUACACGGGAAAACAAGCUGGCACAGGUUUUUCAUAACUCUUCCUCAACCAAAGCCAAAAGAUCAUGUUAGGGAGUUCUCUAACAGUUCAAAAUAUGUUCCAAAAGUGUGUAUUAAUUUUGUCACUGAGCCUGCCUCGCACCCCUGAAGUGUCACAGGAUUGGAAAUAAUAAGAAGAGAUUAAAGUGGAUUGUUUUUUGCAUGAACAUUUUAAAUGCAUUUAAACAUAUUAUCCAAGAACAGAACAAUUGUUUCUUCCUGUUGCCUCCUCUGUUAUUGGUACCUGGGUCUUCUUCACAGUCCUUGUGAGGUUUGUGCUCCUCCAGGGCCAUAGCUCAUUCCUGACCAACCAUGCUAGUGUCAUGAUAGUUUCUUAAUUGGCAAUUUAGUAGUAAUAAAUUACAUCUGGAUGGCUAUGAAAAAUGAUGGAGUAUCCAAUUUCACACGAAUAUAUAUGUUUUUAGGAAAAUCCAGGAUUUCUAUAAGCCUGUGCAAAUUACGUGGGUGUAAACUGAACAGAGCAGUACUGAUCUUCGUGUUGCUUAUGUGUGGGUUCCCAGACAGGCCAGCAUCUGACCCUCAGAACAGACUAUGAUAUGCUUCCACUACAUGGUUAGAAAUAAUAACAACAAACAGGGUUCUCAUAAUUUUCUCUUUUUUUUGUCGCAUAGAGGAAAUGGAUGGAAAACCAAACGGGUAUUAACCAAAGGUAAUUGAACAUAGGACUGAUCAGCAUUUUAAUUGGUGUGCUUCUGUAAAUCAGGCUCAUUAAAAGAGGAACCACUUAGUUUUACCAAAGACUAGUUAAUAUUGACAUUUUAAUAUAAAGUAUGAUGAGUUAAAAGUAACAUUUAUGCCCACAUUAUGUCUAGUGUAGGAUGUGUGUUGCCCGUUUCAGCUGAUGAGAGGAAGGGAUACUUGGUUGAUAUCAAAUGCCAUUUGUCCUUGUACUGCAGUUUCUACUACAUUAGUUUUAAAUACACCAGUGUGGAUUGCUCAUAAUGGAGAAAAAGAAAUUAAAUAUGAAUGUAUUACAUGAUUUUCCCAUUGAACUUUUACAUGGGAGUUAGACCAUACUUGUGAACUAUAUUGACUUUAAAUAACAUCCUGAAUUUCAUCACUUUUAUAAGCACUGUUGUAAAAAAACCAUUAUAGCACAUCCAUUAAAUUUUUUAAAGUUGAUUUUCAUUCUUCUGACAAUUGCUCCAGUCUGAAGCGCCAGAUUUUUUUUUUUUUUUCUUUGCCGGCAUGAGAAACUCAACAAAAGACAAUGAAUGCUCCUUUUGCAAUAUACUGUAUUGAUAUACUACUGUAUUGCAUCUAUCACUAAACAUAUUCAAGCUGUCUUCAUUCAUAGAAAACUCCCCAAUCCCCUUGACCAAAACACUAAAUGUAUUCAUACCUGUAGGUGUGUAUUAUGGCAAUGUUGUUUCACAACCAUUAUGAUUUUUCUAGUAGGAAGUCAUCAUAAUUAGUAUUUCAGCUAAUAACUAUAACGUGUAUUACGGCAUCACCCUUGAAAUUAAAUGGUGGUACAGAGUGCAAGAAACAGUAAUCUAGGACAUUCUAGGUGUGAAUAAGUGGUAUUAAAAGUAUUUAGGAGAUGUGUGUGCUGGUAACUCUAUUCCAGACUUGGAAUAAGCACUCUCUCUCCCAUCCUGGGUUUGGUGAGGCUGCUGUGAAGGUGAGAGGACUGUUAGAGCAGAGCAGAGCAAAGCACAGUCCUGUCAGCUUGCAGAGAGGAAAGCAAUUUCAUGGCUACAGGGCCAAAUCCUGAUGUCCUUCUUCAUGCAGAAUUUCUUUGCUGUCCAUGCAGGCUUUAUUGGACUGAAACGUGGUGCAAGCAAAACAUACUUUUUAGCUGUUUCCUACAGAGAUCUGUUUAAUGAAAUCUCAUUAAAGAGAUGCAUAAUAUGUCUGUGGCUCUGGGUCUGGAGAAGAAUUUAAAGACUUACAGAGUUUGACCUCAAGAAGGGCAGGGGGUGAGGGGAACUGGCUAUUUUUGUCAAGAUGUAUUAAAUGAGGAGUUCUUGCUUGUUUACAGUAGCACUGUUUCAAAGCUGGGGAACAUACUCUUACAGAAUACACAAAACAGCGGACUGAUACACAAAAGGAAAGGGAGCUGAAGUAUCAACAUCCUGUUUAAUUCAUGAAAUAGACAUAGAUGCUAUACUAAGAACAGAAAACUAAAUAAUUUCAUCACGCAUGGCGCGGAUAGUGUGAAAAGCUACAGUAAGUGCGAACAGUUUUAACAAACAAACAGGAACACAGUUGCUUUAUAUAGUAAAAUAACUAUAAUUCAGUCAUUUAAUCUUAAUAGGAACAUUGUUAUUAUAAUACCUCUUGACUUUAAUAAGGCUGUAUAUAUGAAUGGAGGAUGUAAAAUUAUUGUAAUUUAAAAUUAUGUUGAGUCUUAGAUAAGUAAAAGCAUUUACAUUACUAUUAUGAGACUGUAGAAUAUUUUUAUAAUAAUUGCUAUUUUUCAUUGUUAACCAUAUAGUAUCUUGUUUUCAAAGUCAAUGUAUGCAGACAGAAUGUACUUUAUUAUGUACUGUACAUGCAAUCUUUUUAAAAUUACAUUUUAUACAUGCUAGUAUUUUAUAUCUCUUAUAUGAAUACAAUUAAAGGACUGAAAUUAAAA